AUGGAGCUAUUGUCAGAGUGUUUGUCUACCAAGAAAGCUGAGGGGUAUUCUCAGAUUGGAUGCACUGGGUUUGCCGUCUAUAAGAAAGGCUGCAGGUUGAGAGCCUGGAGUGAUACGGAUUGUCACGGAGAUGAUCGUUGGGAUUUAUGUGGAUCGCUGGGCUUUGGCUUGUUUAUGCCGGUUUUUUCAUCCUCAAAUACCUCAGAAGCUGCUGCUCUUCUGAAAUGGAAAAACACCCUUGAAAACGAAACCCAGUCCCGCCUAUCUUCAUGGACUUUCCAUCCAAAUAGUCAAACUAAUUCUUCUGCAAAUCGAAGCCUAAGUACAAUUCCAUGCACCUGGUUUGGUAUUUCUUGCGACCCUGCUGGAAGUGUCAUCCAAAUUAAGCUAACCAGCUUUGGUUUACAAGGUACGCUUCAUGGAUUGUCUUUUUCGUCUUUCUCAAAUCUUGCACAUAUUAACCUCUCUGUGAACGCUCUCUUUGGGACCAUUCCGCAUCAAAUUAAGUAUCUUUCCAAACUCAUUUUUCUUGAUUUGUCUAGUAACUUGCUGUCUGGAGAAAUCCCACCAGAAAUUGGCCUCCUUACAAAUCUUAAAUACCUCAUCCUUUCUGAAAAUCAGUUAAAUGGCUCGAUUCCUAAAGACAUCGGUCACUUAAACUCUCUAACUGGCCUUUUUCUUUACAAAAAUCAUUUGGAUGGUUUCAUUCCAACUUCUUUAUGCAACUUGGGAAAUCUUACAUUGUUGUAUCUCUACAAGAACCAACUUUAUGGCCCCAUUCCAAAAUAUAUAGGUCACUUAACUUCUUUAAUUGAUCUUUCUCUUUCUGGAAACCGUUUGGAAGGUUCCAUUCCAAGUUCUUUAAAAAACUUGAGAAAUCUUACUCGUCUUUAUCUCGACCAGAACAAACUUUCUGGCUCUAUUCCUGAAGAGAUAGGAAACUUGACGCAUUUGACGGUAAUAUACUUGAGCUUGAACCAACUCCAUCGUGCUAUUCCAAGUUCAUUUUCCAAUUUGAGCAGUUUAGAAAUUUUAUCUCUUUUUCAAAACAGACUUUCUGGUCUCAUUCCUCAAGGAAUUGGGGAUUCCAUGAACUUGACGUCGUUGCUACUUGGUGGAAACCAAUUUACUGGUUAUUUGCCCGAAAAAAUUUGUCGUUCUGGACUACUUCAAAACUUUUCUGCAGAAGACAACUAUUUCAUUGGUCGUGUUCCCCAAAGCUUGAAAAACUGUACAAGCUUGGUAAGAGUCCACAUGAAUGGAAACCAACUUGUUGGAGAUAUAUCUAAAGACUUUGGCGUCUAUCCAAACUUGCAAUUCAUAAAUCUAAGCCACAAUUACUUUCAUGGAAUGAUUUCAAGUAAUUGGGGACAAUGUCCAAAGUUAGGAACCCUACAGAUGAGUGGGAAUAAUAUUACUGGUGGCAUACCACUCGAUAUUGGGAAUUGGAUUCAACUGCAUGUACUUGAUCUUUCUUUAAAUCACAUACUUGGGGCGAUUCCAAAAGAAGUUGGAAAACUAACUUCUCUAGAGAAAUUGUGGUUGAAUGGCAAUCAACUCUCUAGUGCUCUACCUUCAGAAUUUGCAUCACUGACCAAUCUUGAAUUCCUCGAUGUGUCCUCAAACAAGUUGACCGACCCAAUUCCACAUAUUCUUGGGAACCUACCAAAAUUGUACAACUUGAAUUUAAGCCAUAACAAUUUUAGCGAGGGGAUUCCAAAACCGCUCAUGAGCUUAAUUCAUCUAUCUGUACUAGAUUUAAGCUAUAACUCUUUAAGUGGAGAGAUACCAUCAGAAAUCAUCAAAAUGCAGAGUUUGGAGGAUUUGAACCUCUCUCGUAAUUAUCUUUCCGGUUUCAUUCCUACGGCCUUUGAACAAAUGCAUGGCUUGUUGCAUGUUGAUGUAUCCUACAAUGAGUUGAAGGGUCCCAUUCCCAAUAGCAAAGCAUUUGUACAGGCUACCAUGGAAGACUUGCGAGGGAAUAAGGGAUUGUGCGGGAAUGGUUGA